AUGCAAUUCCUAAACAUUACUACAAGCUCCCUCAGAGUUAUCUUUGCUAUUGCUCUCUUUGUCCUUUCAGCACCCACAACCGCAGUGCCAAUACCACUUUCUCAUACCAUAAAUCUACUUGCACUUGGAAUCUUAGGAUUUGCACUAGAUCUAUUUACUGGGGAUAUUCUUUUGCGUGAAGAAGCUCAAUGCUCAGGAUAUGAUCUGGGCUAUUCCCAUGCAAGUGGAGAAUGUAGAAACAUAUUUUGGUACCAACAUUGUGGAAAAGAAAUAGAGGGGCCACUUGGGGGACCAAGCGAGCAACCGAAUAGUGUAACACGAGCGAACAUGGCCUUGAACGCGGCAGUAGCAAACGAUCCUUGGCCAGACUUUGACAGAGGCCCUUCACUUUACAUAAACUCCGGCGUCACGAGUCGAAAAGAAAAUUGA